UUUUGAAGUGCGGGCUGGUGAUGCUGCUCCUCUAGUUGGUGUGUGUAAGGUAGCCGGGUGUGCGCGGUGUUGUUGGGGCCGGGGUCAGUGUUGGAGCUCCUCGGGUCGGGCCGGUUUUCGGGGCCGGUCUCCGGGUGCGGUGAGCGGCUGCGGUGUGCAGCAUGCUGCGCUCAUUCGGUGCGGAUUUAAGCGGCGGUCUGGAGAAUAUUCCGGUUUUAAUAGAGAGCGGUGUGAGUCAGGACGCUUUGUCCAAACUGCAGUACACUCCGGAGAACGUACAGGGUCCAGGCUGUGAUGUUGACCCGAGUGAGGUGACCCUGCCCGGCUGUGUUUGCCGAGCACAGUCCUGCGUGCCGGACGGCUGCCCGUGUCUGUGCUUCGGUCAAGCCUACACCAGCGAGGGCCGACUGGUCGAGCGUCAGGCGGACGAGGCCGACCUGCUCCACAGCCAGCCUGUGUUCGAGUGUAACGUCCUGUGUGAGUGCAGUGAGUCCUGCCAGUCUCGCCUGGUCCAGAACGGCCUGCGGGUGCAGCUGGGCGUCUUCCGUACUCAGGACCGUGGCUGGGGGGUUCUGGCUCUGGAGCCGAUCCCGCGGGGCUGCUUCGUGUGUGAGUACGCCGGGGAGGUGAUUGGGUUCCAGGAGGCGCGGCGGAGACAGCUCUCUCAGACUUCCAGCGACAUGAACUAUAUCAUCUCCGUCCGGGAGCACGGGGGAGAGAGGAGGUUCAUCCAGACGUUUGUAGACCCGGCAUCUGUGGGCAACGUGGGACGCUUCCUGAACCACUCCUGCCAGCCUAACCUAGUGAUGCUGCCCGUACGUGUGCAUUCACUAGCGCCCAGGUUGGCGCUGUUCGCCAGCCGAGACGUGGAAGUGGGUGAGGAGCUCAUGUUCGACUACUCUGGAGGACAUGAUUCAAAUACACAAACACAGAUGGACGCUGGAGCUUCUCAGAAGAAACCAUGUCACUGUGGAGCUCCAAACUGCACUGGAUUUUUACCUUUAGAUAUUUCAGUCCUGUGCUGAUGUGAGGAGAGUGUUGAAAUGCACAAAAAAAUAAAAAACACACAUUUUAUAUAAUUUAAUUUAUCAAAAAAUGUCCUGGAACCAAAGUAAUAAAGCAGACUCAUGUUUAAUACCUCCACCCCCAUGCUUCACAGUUAGGAUGAAGUUCUUAUUUAGGAAAGCAGUGCUUGUGUUCUGUGCCUCUGCCAAAUCAGAAAUUGAUGAGACAAUAUGAAACAUUUAAAAUAAAACCUGGUUUCUAGCACUUAUUUGUAUAUUUAACACUUAUUUGAUUAGAGAGAAUGGAGGUUCUCAAAGGAAAGAAUGUCAGUGUGGAACAGCGAACUGCACUGUUUUUUUUUUUUUUUUUUAAACUUUUUGACAUGUCCUGCCCUGAUGUGAUAAAAGUGUUAAAAUGCACAGAUUAUAAAAAAAAACACGCACUUUAUAUAAUUAUAUAUUUGUCAAAAAAUGUCCUGGACCCAAAGUAGACCCAAAAUAUGAUACAUCCACCCUCAUGCUUCACAGUUUGAAGACAAAGUUCUUAUAUGGAAAAGCAGUGUUUGUGUUCUGUGCCUCUGUGAGAAUUUUUUAUACACCCCCAAAUCAGAAAUUGAUAGGACAGUGUGAGAAAUUGAAAGUAAAACCCAGUUUCUUACAUUUACUUUAACUCUUAAUUGAUUACAGACAGUAUAUAGCUUCUCAGAGGAAAGAAUGUCAGUGUGGAACAACAAACUGAACUGGGGUUUUACCUUUAGACAUGUCCUUAUAGACUCUUUUAUAGACAGUUCAUUUAGAUAAAUGUAUUAUUCUAUGGUUUUCAUGCAGAUUGUUCAACUGAUGUCUCAGAAAUCAUAAUUCAAAGUCAUUUUAUUCCAUAUUAAGUAAACUGUUGAACCACUGCUACUGGUUGACACAAUAUAACAAACUUUUAAAUUAGGUUGUGCAUUGACUUGUUGACAAAAACAAGGACAUCCUUAGAAAAGAUGUGGUCCUGAAAACAGCAAAUGCUGCUUUAAGAUCUCAAUGUACUUUUCUGCAUAAAAUCUGCUUUAUUAAAGUGCACUGACACCUUGACAAAACAUGGACUUGAUGCUGAUGAAAGUGAUUCUGUCCAAUGAAAAAUAAUUAUCUCCAUUUUUGUCUAAUUUUUUUUUUAGUUUAUUACAUAAUUUGAACAUACAAUCUAUCCCCUCCAAUGUGUUGGAAUUUCUUGAUGAAUGGACUAGAGACUUAAUAAAAUAAACAGGUUCUUCAAUGAA